AUAUCUUCUCUUCUUCCCUGAAAAGUUCACCAGGCCGAAAUUCUCGAAGUUUCCGCCUGCAGCCUGCUUUGCCUAUAUACAUCGCCUCUAUCAAAAAGCCGCACAAGAUAAGUUCUCUCUCUCCAAGCACAAAGCCAAAAACCGCCAGCUCCCAGCAGCACAAGCACAAGCACAAGCUAAAGGCGUGCGUUUCUUUUCUCCUGGGAAAGUCGUUUUUGCUGCUUCGCCAUUGUUUAUGUGUGUCUGGGCAUUUAGAGAUCAGUUUUGUGUAGUGUCGAGUUGGUUUUUCCGGUGGGGGUGUUAAAGAUUGUUGUUUUGGUGGUUUGUUAGAGAUGGAUUGGGAAGGAGGAUCCAACGGCGGAUCUUGCUACUACUCUGUUCUCGGUAUUCGCAGGGACGCCUCGUUCUCUGAUAUUCGCACUGCUUAUCGCAAACUAGCCAUGAAAUGGCACCCAGACAAGUGGGCCUGGAAUUCAGGUGUGGCUGGAGAGGCGAAACGGCGGUUUCAGCAAAUACAAGAAGCUUACUCCGUUCUCUCUGACGAAGCUAAGAGAUCAAUGUACGAUGCUGGGCUUUAUGAUCCUCUGGAAGAAGAAGAUGAAGACUUCUGUGGUUUCAUGCAAGAAAUGAUAUCCAUGAUGAACAAUGUGAAAGACGAGGAAGAUAGCUUUGAAGAUCUCCAGAGGAUGUUCGUGGAAAUGGUGGGUGGAGAUAGCGUGGGCUUCGACCUCAAUGAGGAUCCAACGGAUAGGAAGAGGGCACGCGUCAAUGCAUCGAAAGGUAAUGCGGCGAAGCGCAACACCUCUCGCUGUUGAUGCACUAGUGAAUCUUUCGUUCGCCUUGCUGCGUGCCAUUGUAAGGUGUAAUUUGGGGGGAAUUGGGUGCUUUAUUGGUUAGUUUAGGUAGCGUGGGCUUAUUAACUUUGUCAUUCUGGCAGCACCUUAUGAAAAGCUUGGAAGCUAUUGAUAGGAGGAUGGUUUGAUGGAAUAAAAAAAUGCCCCUUUUAUUUA